CGCCUCCUCCUCCCCCUCCGGCGACGGGGGCCCGGCUGGCGCUGGAGGCGCUGCUCUCGGGGCUCCCCCCGCGGGGCCUGGCCGGGCUGCUCCGCUGCGCCAGGGACGGAGGCAGCGCGCGCGCACAGGCAUCGCCUUCCUUGAGCGGCCUCCUCAGCGUCAGCAACGCCCGGCUGGGAAGCAUCAAGACCCGGUUCGAGGGCCUGUGCCUCCUGUCGCUCCUGGUGACGGAGAGCAGCACCGAGACCUUCAGCCAGAACUGCCUGCCGUGGCUACGGAGCCUCCAGCACCUCAUCCAGUCCCAGGACCCUCCCCCCACCAUGGAGCUGGCGGUGCUGAUCCUGGGGGACCUGCUGCAGUUCUCCUGCCAGAUGCCGGACCUGGCGCGCGAGAUCGGCACCAACCACAUCCCGGGCCUGCUCACCUCCCUCCUGGCCCUCAAGCCCCAGUGCCAGCUCUCCGCCCUGGAAGGAAGCAAGGCCUGCAUGACCUUCUACCCGCGGGCCUGUGGCUCCUUGCGAGGCAAACUGGCGGCCUACUUCCUCUCCUGCGUGGACGCAGAAGUGCCCCGCUUGCAACAGCUGGCCUGCGAGUGCUACGCCCUCCUCCCCUCUCUGGGCGCCGGCUUCACGCAGGGGCUCAAGUACACGGAGUGCUGGGAGCAGCAGGCCCACUGCCUCCUGGCCACCCUCCACAGCCUGCUGGGGACCCUCUACGAGGGGGCCGAGACAGACCCCCUCCCUUACGAGGGUCCUGGAGUGGAGAUGGGGCUGCCCCCCUCCGAGGACGGGGAGACCGGCUUCCUCCUGCAGCUGCGCCAGCGCUUCUCGGGGCUGCUCCGGUGCCUCUGCCACAUGCUCAGCAAAGAGUUCGUGGCCCCCGUCACGGUCCCCGUCCAAGACAUCCUGGACCUCAUCUGCCGCGCCCUGGACAUCUCCACCAAAAACAUUAGCUGGUUUGGGGACGGCCCCCUGAGGAUGCUCUUCCUGCCCUCCAUCCACCUGGAGGCCCUGGACCUCCUCGCGGCCCUCAUCCUGGCGUGUGGCCCUCGCCUGGUGCGCUUUGGGGGGCCCCUCCGCAGGCUCUUCCCACAGGUCCUGGGCACGUGGAGCGCCGGGCGGGACCUCUUCCCUGCUGGGCAGGAGCGGCCCUACAGUGCCGUCCGGACGCGCCUCUACCAAGUGCUGGACCUUUGGGUGCAGGUGGCCGGGGCGUCCUCGGGGGUCCUUCAGGGGCAGCAGCGGACCCCCAGCGACGAGGCCUUGCUGGGACACCUCCUCAGCGACAUCAGCCCCCCCACGGAGACGCUCAAGAUGCGCGAAGGGCGGCCCCCCUCCGACGGGAAGCCCAGCGCCCCCAAGAAGCCCAAGCUCUCCUCCUCCUCCUCCGAAGUGGGGGGCCUGGGGGGCCCCAUCCACCAGAAGCACGACCCGGGGGCCAACAGCAGCGUCUGCUUGGCCGCCUUGCAAGUUCUGAGCCGCGCCGUCCUCCUUUCCGGGAGCCUCAUCAAGGAACAGACCCACAAGCGCCUGCAGGAGCUGGUGGUGGUGCUGCUGGUGCGGCUGGGUCAGCAGGCCGAGAGCCCCCCGGGGUCCCCCUUCUCCACCGCCGCCUGCCGCCGGGAGCUGUACCGCCUGCUGCUGGCCCUGGCCCUGGCCCCCGCCCCCUCCGCCCCCGCCCCGCUCCACUGCGCCCUCCGCCUCCUCAGCCAGGGCCGGGCCGACCCCAACCUCCAGGUGUCGUCCUUCUGCGCAGAGGCCCUGACGGUCUGCAACGCGCUGCUUCACCCGCGAGUGCCCUCCUUGCAGCUGCCUUUGCCCGGCCCCCCGGGCCCCCUCCUCAACGGCUCCUCAGAGGCCUCCCCCUCCGCGGCCUCGCCCUCCCCCUUCCGCCCGGCGCCCCCCCUGUCCUUCGCGGCCCCUCGCUUCCCCCCCACGCUGCCCCCCAUGGCGGUGGCGGCGGCCUCCUCCCCCUCGGCCAGCGCGGCCCCUCCCCCUUCGCUGGGCCUGCUGCCCUUGGCCGGCCUGCCCCCCUCGGUGGCCCCGCUGGCCCCUCCCCGCCUGACCCCCGAGGAGCCCCCCCUGCUGCCCCCCUCCCCCUCGACGGCCGCGGAGGUGGCGGCCCUGGCGGCGGGGGCCAAGCUGCGCCGCUCGGUCUUCGUCCACUACGACAAGGAGGAGGAGGAGGACGUGGAGAUCUCCCUGGACAGCGACUCGGACGACAGCGUGGUCAUCGUGCCCAAGGGGCAGCCGGGGAGGGCGCCCAACGGGACCCUGGCCGCCUCCUCGGGGCCGCCCCCGCUCCUCCCCCCCGCGGCCCCCCCCCCGCUGCCCUUGCCCCCCCCCCCGCUGCCCACCGGCCCCUCCUCCUCCGCCUCGCCCCCCUCCCUCGCCCAGGAGGAGGGGCCCCCCGAGCCCCCCCUGGCGCCCCUCCCCCCCGUGGUGGUCCCUGCCCCUCUUCCUGCCGCUGCCGCCGCCGCCGCUCUGAGUGCCGUGCCGCCGGCCUCCUCCUUGUCGGCACCACCCCCCUCAGUGGCCAUGAUGCUGCCCCCGUCUCCGGCCGCUGCGGCCGCGUCCAGCGAGCCCCCGCUCCCCGCCCUGGUCGAAGAGGACCCCACCGUCAUCAACAUCAACAGCAGCGAGGAAGAUGAGGAGGACGAGGAGGACUUCGCGGAGGAGGACUACUUCGAGGAGGAAGAGGAGGACGAGGAGGAGGAUGAAGAGUUUGACGAGGAGGAGGGCGAGUUCGAAGGGAUGGACGACGAGAUGGACGACGAGGAGCUGGAGGAGCUGGACGAGGAGGACGAGGAGGACUUUGACGAGGAGGAGGAAGGCCUGACGGAGGAAGAGGAAGGCCUGACGGGGGACGAGGAGGAGGAGGAGGAGGAAGGAGGGAUGAUGCCCGCCUUGCGCCAGCGCAGCGAGGAGGAGGAGGAGGAGGAGGAGGAGGGGGAGCGGGAGGAGCCCCCCGAACUGCUUCCCGGGAAAGAGGAGCCCCCCAAAUUAGUAUUGAGGGGCGAGGAGGAGGAAGAGGAGGAGGAAGAGGGCGGCGGCGCAGGGCUGCUGAUGGAGGUGGAGGAGGAGGCCUUCCGCCCAAACCAAGGCUCUGGGGAGGAAGGCCGGGAGGAGGAGGAAGAGGAAGAGGAAGCUGUCGUGGCCGCAGGGACAGAAAAGCCGGCCGUCAGGAAGGAGGAGGAGGAAGAGGAAGAGGAGGAGGAGGAUGUCCAGCUUGCAAAGGCAGAAGAGUCCUCUCCGGCCGCGGUCCCCGAGGUCUCCGUCGUCCCUUCGCCAUCAAAAGAGAAGGACGAGGAAGGCCCCGGAAAGCAGGAAGGAGCGCCCGCUCCUGAGAGGGAGGGGGAGGAAGAGGAAAAGGAAGAGGAAGAAGAGGCAGUGGCCGGAAGCAGCAGGGGCCCCGGAGGAGGAGGAGGAGGAGAAGGCGGUCAGGAAACAAGGAGGGCCAAGAGAGAGGCCGAAAAGCCCCUGACCGCUCCCAAGGAGGAUGUCCGGGAGGUCAAGGAGCGGGAGGAGAAGGAGGAGGAGGAGGAAGAGGUAAGCGCUUGACCAUCGGGUCCCAGG